CUGGGACAACCGUAUAGAAACUAUCGAGAUAACAUGGUUCCAGGAAAAGCUGUUGGCGAGCCAUGCAUGUGCAAGCUAAAAUGUUUUGAAAAACUAACUCCAGCAGAACAAAUUCACAUAAUGAAUAAGUUUCGUUCUUUUUCAACCAAAAACGAACAAGAUAUUUACCUGCAAGGACUAUUGGUGUCAAACAAUAUCAAGAACAGGCGGCCACGGAAAGAAGAAGCAAAACAAAGAAGUUCAUCUUUUGAAUAUUUUGUAUUGGUUAACACAGAGAGACGAAAGGUUUGCAAAAAAGCAUUUUUAAGCUUGCAUGGCAUAAGUUCUAAGUUAGUACAACGGUUGCAACUUCUUUUGAAUCUUGGAAAAUCCCCGAGAGAUUUAAGAGGCCUACAAAAUAAUCGAAAAACUGUUCCAGGUAAUAUUAUUCAGAUAGUCUGUGAACACAUUUCAACAUUUCCUGUUAAACAUAGUCACUAUGCAUCCAAAGAAUAUCUAUAUCUGGAUGCAAAGUUAAAUGUCAAGAAGCUGCAUAGCUUAUUCAAAGAAAAGCAUACAGAAAUUGAUGUGAAAUAUUCGACAUAUUACAAAAUUUUUAAAGAGCAUUUUGAUUAUAAAUUUGGACGACCGCAAGUAGAUACGUGUUGUCAAUGCGAGGAACUUGAAAUUAAAUCCACAAGUUCCUCUUUAAAUGAAACAGCGAAAAGAGCUGCUUUAGCUGAACUUAUGGUGCACAAAAGACGUUCUAAAAAAUUUAAUACUAGCAUACAAAAUACAGAAAAAAUGUGCAAAGAAAAUGAUAGAGUUCUCGGACUAUGUUUUGAUUAUAUGCAGAAUAUUUCGUUGCCGUCUAUUCCCGUACAGGAUAUUUUUUACUUACGUCAGCUUUCUUUAUUUCCUUUUGGUAUUCACAAUCUAAAAAAUGGAAGUGCUCAGUUUUUUCUUUACCAUGAAGGUCUGGCUAAAAAAGGGCCAAAUGAAACAUGUUCUUUUUUAUUCAAAUAUAUAAAACAAAAUGUUCCUGCCAGCGUAAAAGAACUUCAUCUCUAUAGUGACGGUUCUGGGGGCCAAAAUAAGAACAAUGUUAUGACUCGCUUUUGUCUUGCUGUUACUGACAGUGGAAUGUUUGAAAAAGUUGUUCACAAAUUUCCGAUUCGCGGCCAUUCAUUUUUGCCGUGCGAUCGUGACUUUGGUUUAGUCAAACGCAAACUAAAUCGCAUAGACAGGCUGUAUACACCCAUGGAAGUGUGUGAAGUAAUUUGCAAUGCUGCAAAGGGGCAAAAAUUUACUGUCGAAAUGGUCGAUACUGAUGAUGUGUUAAAUUUUAAAAACUGGUGGUCCAAGUACUAUAAAAAAACUUGCUUUUCCUUGGAGAGCAGUGCUAGGUCUAUUCCACGUUCAAAAAAAGAGUCAUUCGCAGUUUCCACUUUUAUGGAGUUUCGCUACAAUCAUGAAAGGAAAGGAACUGUUGAAGCCUUAAAGUAUAUUGAUGGAGUACAAAAGAGUUCUUUUUUGUUAAAAAUUCCUGAUGCUGGAAUUGUUCAACUGGCUAAUGAAAGAGCUUAUCCGGGGGAAAAAAUUCCAAUUAAUAUAAAAAAAAUUAAUGAUAUCAGGAAAGUAACUGGUUAUAUUCCUGAAAACUUUAUGGACUUUUAUGAGAAAAUACUGGGCUGGCCAACCACUGAUGCGGAAGCUGAGCAUGAAUAAUAAAAGUUUUGUCUUAUAGAUCAUUGAAAUGUGAUUUUUUGUUUCAUCAAAAAUGUUCAAUAUGUUUAGUUCUAUAUAUUUGAGAAUAAAGUUUAUCAAUGA